AUGCAUUACAGAGGAAUAAAUAAAAAAAAACAGCUUUUGAUUAUUUCUCAAAAUUCGAAUAGUAAAAAUGUAUUUUUUGAAGAUGUAUUUAAUGCAUUUGUUGCUGCAAAUAUUCCUUUGCAUAAGCUGGAUAAUCAUGUGUUAAAAUUAUUUUUGGAAAAAUAUAUUGGCAAAUCAAUUUCGGACGAAAGCACUUUAAGAAACAAUUACAUACCAAAUAUUUAUAAAAGCGUUCCGGACCAAAUAAUUAGUGAUAUUGGAAAUAAUUAUGUUUACAUAAUUGUUGACGAAACAACCGAUCCAAGAGGUUUGUAUAAUUAUUUUUUUUAAUUUCUCAUAAAAUAAAAUAUACUAUUUUCGUUUAGGUUUGGCUAUUGUAAAUUUAUUAAUUUGUAAAUUAGAUGGAAUGCCUAGUAAAUCAUAUUUAGUUGCAUGUAAAGAACUAAAAUCCACCAAUUAUGAAACUAUUUGUCAGUUUAUUAAUUCCUUGUUAAAAAUAUUUCCUGGUAUUGAACAAAACGUAUUGUUUUUUAUUAGUGAUGUUGGUACAUAUAUGAUCAAAGCAGCAAAAAACAUUAAAAAUAUUUUUCCCGAAAUUAAUUCAUAUUACAUGUAUACACAGUUAAUAGAGUUCUAGAGAAAAUUCGAGAAUUAUACCCCGAUAUUAAUAAAUUGAUUAAAAAUGGUAAUAUAUGAAGUACUUAUUUAAAAUUUAAAUACAUAUGUAACUUAUUUCGUUUAUUUUAAGAAAAAAAGCUUUCCUAAAAGCACCAUCGAGAAUAAAUAAAUACAGAAAAGAAAUGCCAGGUAUACUUUUACCACCCGAACCUAUUAUUACAAGAUUAGGAAUAUGUUUAAAUGUUGCAAUUUUCUAUGCAAAUAAUGUUGAAGAGUUUAAAAACGUGAUUGAAAGUUUAACAGAUGAUGCUACAAGUGUCGAAUAG